GUGUUGAUGUGAAUUCAUGCCGGAAAAUGGUGGAAUAGUGAUUGCUGAAGAGAGUUUCCGUUUCUCUCCAGCGUUAUUCGCUGACUUGUGCAUAAAAUGAGUGGAGAGAAUGACCAAGACCUCUUUGGAACAGAUCUCCUGUCAGAAGCCUUGGGGCAGAGUGGUCUUAAUCUAGAUGAUUUGCUUGGAAAUCCACCGGGUAGUUUUCUGCCCCAGAGCCUGUUUGAUUUUGGGGAUGUCAGACCAGACGAUUUCGAUUUCCUCGAUAAUUUCAAUUUAAACGGAGAUUUUAUUCCAGAGGCGCCUUACCCGACAUUAACAAGUUCAAAUAACAGCAGGGUAACUUCCAAUAAUGUAAAUACCCAAAGAAAUGUUCAAGUUUCUCAAGUCCAACAAACUUUCUUGGGACCACAGCCAACUUUUCCAAACGUGGCUUCAAGUGGAACAGUUUUUCCAACUCCUCGACAACUUCCGCCCAGAUGUCAAACUCCGCAGUCUGUUUCUAAACCUUCCAUUAACUCAAAUGUUCCAAGGUUGCAGAGUUCGACAUCUCCGAUUUUACUAGAUUUGUUAAACAGUGGAAGCAAUAACUCUGUGAGCAGUAACUCUAUGAGCAAUAUUUCCGACGCUGCGAAGAAGGAACUCACCAAGAAAGAUGUUUCACGACUGUGGUCAAACCAUGAUGUUAGUUUGAAUCAUGUGGGAGAGGACAAUGAUACUGUUAGUGACGAAAAUGAAGAUGAAGAGGAUGAAGAAGAAGAACUAGGACAAACAGAUACUUAUGCAGAAUAUGUUCCUAGUAAAUUACGCCUAGGACGUCGCCAUCCUGAUCCAGUAGUGGAAACAAGUUCAUUGUCAAGUGUGACGCCUCCCGAUAUUUGGUAUCGUUUGAUGUUCCCCAAAGAAGUAAUUGACAACUGUUACUUAUCUGCACUACAACUGGAGGCUGUUGUGUAUGCUUGCCAGCAACAUGAGACAUUCUUGGCAGAUGGGACAAGAGCUGGCUUUCUAAUAGGUGAUGGUGCAGGUGUUGGAAAGGGAAGAACAGUAGCAGGAGUCAUUUAUGAAAACUAUUUGCUCGGAAGGAAGAGGGCCAUUUGGUUAAGUGUAUCAAAUGAUUUGAGAUAUGAUGCUGUAAGGGAUCUGAAAGACCUUGGAUGUCACAUCAAUGUACAUCCUCUUAACAAGUUCAAAUAUGAUGCCAAAAUUUCAUCCAAAAGGAAUGGCAGUUUUAAAAAGGGAGUGAUAUUCUCCACAUACUCGUCUCUGAUUGGAGAGAGUCAAGGUUCUGGAAAGUACAAUACAAGGAUGGGCCAGCUACUGCAGUGGUGUGGCUCAGACUUUGAUGGGGUGAUCGUGUUAGAUGAGUGCCACAAGGCCAAAAACUUGGUACCAACUGGCUCCUCAAAGCCAACCAAAACUGGAUUAGCUGUCUUGGGACUGCAGAGCAAACUUCCUAAGGCCAGGGUUAUCUACUGUAGUGCAACAGGUGCCUCUGAACCCAAGAACAUGGCAUACAUGUCUCGGCUCGGAAUAUGGGGACCGGGAACACCUUUCAGAGAAUUUAAUGACUUCAUUCAAGCUGUGGAACGAAGAGGAGUUGGUGCAAUGGAAAUUGUAGCUAUGGAAAUGAAGCUUCGCGGCAUGUACAUGACACGUCAACUUAGCUUUGCUGGAGUAACCUUUGACAUAAAAGAAUUACCACUUGCCAAAGACUUCAUUGAGAUGUAUGAUGCAUCAGUCAAACUUUGGAGGGAAGCAAGAGAGAAGUUUGAAAAAGCUGCAGAUCUCAUGGAAGCUGACAGUAGAGUGAAGAAGACCAUAUGGGGUCAGUUUUGGUCUGCUCAUCAGAGAUUUUUUAAAUACCUGUGCAUUGCAUCCAAAGUACGGAAUGUUGUGAGCAUUUCCAGAGACGCCCUUAAUUCUGGAAAGUGUGUCAUUGUAGGUUUGCAGUCAACAGGGGAAGCUAGAACACUAGAGCAACUUGAAGAGUCUGGAGGGGAACUAAAUGACUUUGUUUCUACUGCUAAAGGUGUGUUACAAGCCUUGAUUGAAAAGCAUUUCCCAGCAGCAGACCGAAAAAAAUUUGCUGAUCUGUUUGGUAUUGACAAUGAUGCCAAUGACAAAUUGUAUGACCAGUCUUCAUCCCUAGCAUCUGGUCAACUUACCCCACGAAAGAGGAAACAGAAAGUGAGUAGUGGCUCUGAUAGUGAAUCAGACGAAAGUCAGAAGAGCAAUGGUGAGAAUGAAUUGUUCAACGUUCAUAAAAACAACGGCAGGAAUGAUGGUGCAGCAGAGUCUUGCAACAGCUCAGCAGCAGAAGAGGAGGAUGAUUCUAACCCGUUUGGUGUGUCAGGAUCAGAUGAUGAAGACCCAUGGCUGCAUCGAAAGUCUCGGAAGUCUUCGAAAAACAAAUCACAGACAGGUAGUCCUGACUCAAGUUACAAUGCUCUGGCAGCUGCCGGGCUUAAAGUGGGUGGUCUCCCAUGGAGCACACCUGGACAGAGAACAAAACAGCCUAAUGGGCUGGAGAGCCAGCAUUCGUGGAACCCAGCUGGUGGACUGAAGACUUUACAUCAUUCCGCGAGUGCGCCAGCUUUUUCUAGUUUAACUGCAGCAAAUAGCCCAGGACCACUGGCAAACUCUGCUGCAGAUAUGUGCAGAGCAAUGAAAAGGGAGUUACUUGAUAAGCUUGAUGUCCUGUCCAAAUGUCUCCCUCCAAACACUUUAGAUGAACUUAUAGAUGAGCUGGGUGGGCCAGACAAUGUUGCAGAGAUGACGGGAAGAAAAGGUCGUGUUGUGAGUAAUGAAGAUGGGACCGUAAGCUACCAAUCAAGAAGCAAACAAGAUGUGCCUUUAGAGAUUAUUAACGUUGUUGAGAAAAACAGAUUCAUGGAUGGACAGAAGAGCAUCGCAAUUAUCUCAGAAGCUGCCAGCUCAGGCAUUUCUUUACAGGCAGACAGGAGAGCCAAGAAUCAACGAAGACGCGUUCACAUCACUCUUGAACUACCGUGGAGUGCAGACAAAGCAAUUCAGCAGUUCGGUCGAUCUCAUCGGUCCAAUCAAGUGAGCGCCCCAGAGUACCUGUUUUUAAUAUCUGAACUGGCUGGAGAAAGACGUUUUGCUUCCAUUGUAGCCAAGAGGCUAGAGAGUUUGGGAGCUCUUACUCACGGAGAUCGACGAGCUACAGAAUCACAAGAUUUAAGCAGAUACAAUAUUGACAACAAGUAUGGCAGGGCUGCUUUGGAAGCUGUUUUAAAAGCUGUCACUGGUCAGAGUGCGCCAACGAUUCCACCACCACAAGACUACAAAGGAGAGUUUUUUCAAGAUGUACGUACAGCUCUGAUCGGUGUGGGCCUUGUGGUCAAAGAUGACAAGAAUAACGUGACCAUUUUGGAUAAAGACUUCACAAACAUCUCACGGUUUUUAAAUCGAAUCCUUGGUGUAGAAGUUGAACUUCAAAACCACCUGUUCGCAUACUUCAUGAAAACACUGUCUGUUGUGGUACAACAAGCCAAGAGAAGUGGACGGUGGGAUGAAGGAAUUCUGGACCUUGGUGCUCAUGGUGAAGCUGUGACUAACUUGAGUGUUCAAACAUUUGCUGGUAAUUCAACUAUGGGCACAGCUACCACAGAAUUACACACAAUAAGCGUAGAGCGGGGAAUGUCGUGGGAAGAUUCAUUUGAAUUACGACGGUCUCAGUCGCACCCAGAGGAUGGUUAUUACCUUUCCAACCAGGUGCGGAAUCAUAAGAAAACUGCAAUCUUGGUCAUGUGUCAGUCUCGAAGCAAAAAGAAGGAUGUGAUCAAUGUGUACAGACCUAAUACUGGCCUGCAAACAAAACAGGACACACUGGAAGACGUCAAGAAAAAGUACAAAAAGGUAUUAGACCAUGAGGCUCAGAGUAGUUGGGUAGAUCAGUACGAAUCAGCCCUCAGUCAGUGCAACCACGCUUACUGGAAGGGUAACUGUAAACGAAUGACUCUUGGUUUGAGCUGUGAGGUGGGCAGGCGACAGCGUACGUUCCACAUCCUGAGCGGCUCGGUGCUAAGCGUUUGGAGUAAAGUGGAAAGUGUCUUAGCUGGUCAGUCUGGUGCAAACUCCAAAAUACAGAUUGUUCGUUGCAGAAAGAGCGAUGGAUCUCGAAUAGUUGGUUGCCUUAUUCCAAGUAACUGUGUUCCUGCAUUAACUAGAGCGCUUACUCCCGAUACUCAGCAAGAACCAAUUUUAAUCAUGUAAAGAAAAACAUGACCUGUUCCCGGCGUUCAGUCAAGAAAACAACGAUGCGCUUGAACCAAUAGAGAGACGCAAAAUGAAGCCAGCAAAAAGAGGAGGGACUGGGUACUAUUUGGCACCGGUUUUCAUUGCGGCGUUGUGUACCAACUGUACGCUUGGAACAGGCGAAGAAAAGCUUCUAUUUUGGCAUACGGAAUCAAAAUUUGUGGUGUAAAAAGUGUACAGAUAAAUAUAAGAUUAAAUACGUUAAAUUAUUUAAGCGGUACUUUGAACCGCACGUGCGUACAAGCGAAAUCGUUAAAAAUCAUGAUAAGCAAACGCCUAUCUGUGGGCUCUUUAGGUAACAGUGUUUGUCAUUUAAAACCCCUGGAGCAGUUUUCAAUGAGUGUCGAACGCAAUUCGAGGCUUCACUAAUUUUACUUUCGCUGCGUAAUUGGUACAUCAAGAAAACUUGCGCUUUUCCCUCGAUCAAUCAGAUGUAAGACUGAAACAUGGCGACUCAGUUCACUCUCGUUUCCGACGCCUCAGCACCGGAAAUGAAUUUCCUUUGAACUCUGAAUUGGUCCCUCGUGGUAUUUACCUUCGUGAUAAUUAAUUUGAUUUGGUUUAACGACACUCAGUCGAAAGGCGCUCUCUGAGAAAAUGAAUUAAUUAGAUAAGACUGUGUUUCUUGUUCAACUAGUACACUAAGCUUGCGAAGAAAUCUUCUUGACAGAGGCAAUUUAGGCGUUCCAUAUCCUGUCUCCUUUAUUUGUAAAUUAUUUGGUAGGUUAGUUUCGUCGUGCAAAUCGCACUGAAAGAUUUUUGUUAAAUUUACAUAUCCGCUUUCACGUAAAAGGGCGUUCAUCAAUAUUUGUUGUUUGGUGGACAGAUUUUAGUUUAAUUUUUCGGCCUUGUUUUGCCUGGUACGUAAUGCUGGCCUUUACUGUAGUAAUGGUAAGAGUGACGAAUGCGAGAGAAGCCACUCUUUCUCAGAAUUUUGACCAAAGAUACGUAAUCGAAAUUUUCAAUACAUGUCUACACUAAUUCGUACUAUUAGGGUCAGAAUUUUGGGCGUCCUUCCUGUUUCUCCCCUCGUAAUUGUUUUGUUAGCCUGCAGAGCAGGCGUCAUUUUAUGGUUUUCAAGCGAGUGCGAGUCGGGCGCGUGGAAAGCGCAAGGGAUUAGUCACGUGCAAAUGUAGGAGCAUCUUUUCGCGCUCGCCGCCCACGCCAUCCGCACGCUCGCGUCGCGCUCGCCUAAGCUCGCUUGAAAGACGGUAAAAAGUAUGCCCCUGUCAGAUGCUAGUAAUUUUGUUCGUCUUUGUUCUUUUGAUUUUUUUCGCACUUAGCUUUUCAAUAGCAUACGAACAGUGGAGUUAAAAGAUUCAUCUUUGAAAAUGUUUUUCGUGAAGACAAUAUCAAGUUCUCUUGUGGUGAUUGGAGGGUCAUCAUCUAUUUUGCUCGUCUCUGUUCGUCGAUGCCCCUUACGCUGAAUAUUGGUUGCAACAUGAACUCCAGUGUCGGCAUGUUAUUAAAAAGCGCGGUAACGCACUCUGUCAGUCGAAAUUGCUACCAUUUUUUUGGUUAGUGACGCCAUAAGAUGGCAUAAUUACAAUUGGCUCGUUUCUUUAGAAGAGAGCGAGUCAAGGUGAAUAUAUUCUUUACUUAACUGACGUUUAUUUCCUUUUAUUAGAAAAUAAAAUAUUUGAAGUUAGGUAAGUAACAAGUGUCGCCGAUUACGGUACUUGAUUAAACACCGAGAAGACGG